UGAAGCUCGAGUGUUACAUUGUAGCGCUCAGUUCGUUGUCAUUCGUCUCCCGCUAUUGAUGACUGACUGAUGUAGACCAAUAACAACUACAUCUGUCACGUAGCGCUAAUAUCAGACGCUAAAAAUAUUGAUUGUGUGGCGAGUCAGGUGAACAGUCGCUGAUCGACACGUAGAGAGAAACAGCAUGAUGGGUUUACAUGAAUUCAUAUGGAUGACAGGGAUACUGAUGGCGCAGGACCAUCCUUAACCUAGCUGCUUGCGAGGGAUUUGGGAUCGUGACAGUACGUGAAGAUGGCGACGGGGACGGGCUGGCAGCCGCCGUACAGCGCUGCUCCGAGCAUCAGUUCUUCUCCCGCUGCUGCUGCUGCUUCUGGAUCAGGCACCAGUCCAUCCUCCACAUCCAGCCAUUUACUCUACGAAUCUGCGCUGACCAUGGAAUACACUCAAGAUCUGCACCUGAAGAUGAGUAAAAAAAUAGCACAACUCACUAAGGUCAUUUACGCCCUUAACACGAAAAACGACGAGCAUGAAGAUGCCAUCAAAUCUCUGAAGGAGGCCCACGAUGAGGAGGUUCAGCACAUCCUGACCGAGGCUCGGGAGAAGAUCCUUCACUACAAGAGCAAGAUUGGAGACGAGGCUGACCUGAAACGGCGCCUGCAGUCCCUGGAGGAGUCCGUUGAGCUGCACGAACACAUGAAGCGCCAAGCGCUGGCCGAGUUCGAGAUGUACCGGCAGCGCGUGGAGGACACACAGCUGUGCACGGAGGCCCAGCACACACAACGUGUGGUGUCCAUGUCCCGUGAAGUGGAGGACAUGCGGCACGAGUUCGAUGAGAAGCUGCGCUCCUUCAGUCAGAUGCAAGCCCAGUUUGAGCAGGAGAAACGGCGGGUGUUGGAGGAGCUCAAGUCGGUCCACCGACAGGAAGUUCAGGAGCUGCUGGAAAGCCAGCAGAACCAGAGUGCAUCCUCCAGCCUGGAACAGGAGAAACUGGCUGAGCUGCAUCGUACGGAGCUGGAGUCGCUCAUGGAGCGCGUGGAGGAGUUGAUGCAGGACAAAGUCCGGCUGGUAGAGGAGUACGAUGCCAAGCUAAGCAAGGCUCAAGGGUUCUAUGAACGUGAGCUGGAGGCCAUGAGGCGAACGCAGCAGCUCACCACAGAGAACUUGUUGGCCUGGAAGAGGACGGAGGUGGAACUGAGGAAGGAGUUUCAGGUGCAAGAGUCGGCUCUUCAGAGGACCCUUUGUAAGCUCCGUGCUGAACUCCACAGAGCUCAGGAUGAGGCGCGAGAGAGCAGGGACAAGACCAACAGACUGCAGGCAUCUCUUAACAAUGCAGAAGUCACAAUUAAGGAGUUACACAAGCAGCUGGAAGAGGCCAUACAGGAUGGAGAGAUUUGGGUGAUGCAGCUGAAAGAUACAGAAUAUGAGCUGGAGGGAAGCAGAGAUCGAGUUCAGCAGCAGGCCAAUGAAAUCCUUCACAAAGCCAGUCAGAUAGGCUCUCUUCAAGCGACCCAAAUGAGCCACGAGGCCACUAUCAGGGACCUGGGCUCUGAGCAGAACCGCCUGAAGGAGAAGAUCCUACAGCUGGAGGAGGAGAGAGAGAGACUUCAGAAACAGAUUCAAACACUGGAAGAACAACAGCAUCAGAAGGUCCUCAGCCUGGAGAAGUCGCUUUGUGAGGAAAAGCAGAACUAUGAAAUGGAGCUGGCGCGAAUCAGGGCCAAAUACGAGGAGGAAAUGGCCUGUCUGAAAGAAUGCCAAGCAGAAUCCUUAGAGGAACUCAAGGAGAAACACCGAGUCCAGCAGGAAGGUGCUCGCAGUGCCGCUGAGAGAGAGAAAAACCAGUUGCUCAGUGAGAUGAGACAACAGUUUGAUAUCCGGCGUCUGUCAUUGGAAGAGCAGAGAAACCACCUGCAACAGCAGCUGGAGACCACACGAGAGGAACUCACUACCAAGCUCAACAUGGCCAACCAAGAGGUGUCUCAUUUGAAGGAUCUUGUGAAGGAGAGUGAAAAAAAUCUCGAUACUGCUGAGAACCACAUCUCCUGUCUUAAAGACAGCCAAGAAAAGCUUCUCAUCGAGCUGGACGCCACCAGGGCGAGAGUGAGAGAGACGAGCAACCUGCUCACGGAUAUACAAGAGGAGAUAGAGACCCAGAAACAGCAACAUGAAGCCAAGGUCAUCGCUAUCAAAACAGAGGAGAAACAGAAAAUGGACAAAAUCACAAAGGAGCUGGAUCUCAAGUGGACCGAUGCUCUGAGGGCUGAGCUGAAGGGUCUUCGGGAAGAACUCACAGCUGAACAUCAGGCGGAGAAACAGGUGGCCCUGACACAACUUUCCCAGCAGAGAGACCUGGAGAUGAUGGCAGCCAGGGAGAGCUGGCAGAGGAAAGUUGAGGACCUCCUGCAACAGAUCUCUCUGCUGAAGCAGAGCCUGGAGCUACAGAUGUCUCAGUCGAAAAGCGCGCUACAGCAAUUGCAGGCUCAGUUCAGCCAAGAGCGCGAGCACCUGGCGCAGCAGUUGCAGGAGCUGGUGCUGGAGCAUCAGCACAGAGAGUGCCACCUGCAGGAAGCCCACUGCUGCGCCAUGCAGGACAUGGAGGAAGCACAGCAAAUCGAGCUUGGGGAGCUUGAGGAGCGUCUAAAACAGGAACAGAGAGAGGAGUUACACGCUUUGAGUGAAGCCCACAGACAGACCCUGGAAAUCCUUCAGCAGCAGUCGGACCAGGAGCUGCAGACGCUGCGCUUUGAGCUGGAGGAUGAGGGCAAAGCAAUGCUGGCUUCCCUGCGGUCUGAGCUCAAUCAUCUCCACGCUACUGCCAUCGAACACCUGCGACAAGUCCAUUUCAAGGAGAACAAUGCGGCCAAACGAGAGCUGGAUGACACUAUUGACCGCUGCAAAGAACAUGAACAAGACCUCCUAGGGCGUAUAUCUGGCCUGAGGCAGGAGGUGAGCUGCAGGAAGAACCGGAUCGCCGAUCUGGACCAUGAAAUCCAUUCGCUCAAUGAGACCAUCAGCAUCUUGACCAAGGAGCUGGAGCUCAAAGGGAAGGAAGUUCUGCGAGUGCGCAGUGAGGCCAAUCUGCAUAUCAGGGCUCAUGGACAGGAUCUCUCUAAGCGCCUCGAGAGGGAGAUUGACGAGCUGAACGCUUCUCAUAACAGAGAGACCCAGAUCAUGCUGUCAGAUUUUAACAAAGCUCAGGAGCUGCUAAAAGACAAGAUCUCUGCUCUGCAGAUUCUGUUGGAAGGUACGGAGGAGAAGUUCAGGAAUAGAGAAAGCCGACAGGAGGACCUUCAGGUGAUUGCUGAGCUCAGAGAAAUAGUGUCAGAGAGAGAAGCCCUGGUCAAGAAACUUGUGGAUGACAAGAAGUUUUAUCAACUGGAGCUGGUGAAUCGAGAGCCUGGCUUCAACAAGGUGUUCAACACCAAUCCCAAUGUCGGGGUCAUAAACCCCCUUAUAAAGCCGUCGUAAGACUGAGGAUUCAACUGUAGCACCAAAAGAACAGCAACCACAAGAGCUAUUUUCACAGUACUUCUCCUUUUAAAUUUUUCAAGACACUCAACUGAAGAGCAUGCGAAACAGCAGAUUUCAAUAACCCAUUCGUCUGUUCUUGAUAUCUCACUGUGAGUUUGUUAUUUUCCCUUUUGAUAUGGACAUUUACUUGAUUUAAAAUGAGAUGCACAUUCAUUUAAUAUAAUAUUCAUAAAUAUGUCUUUUCUGGAUGGACUAAAACUGUUGGAAUACCAAUGUCUUGCCAGUUUUGAAAUAAAUUGC